AUGAGAUAAUUGGAAAAGGACUAAGCAGAAUUUAUAAAGGAGAGGAAUUACUUUAACAUGAUGUAGGAGAUCAAAAACAAGAGUAUAAUUAGAUUUACGGAUGAAGACAAAAAAGAAAUGGAUUUAUAUUUGGAAAAAAAAUAAUUGAUGAACAUCAAUUUCUUAGAUGAAAGAGAUGUCCAUCAUAGUGAAAAAGGAUUACUUUACUUGAAGGAUGUGGACCCCAGAUUAUAGAAGAUAAUUUUGAAGAUUGGAGAAACUGGAACAGCAAGUUUGGAGAUUGGAGAUAAAGCAUUUUAACAUUCAGUUAACUUGCAAAAGGGAUAAAUGAUAAGAGCAUUGUCAGAUGUUGAAGAAGCCUUAUUGACAACUUAUGAUUUUGUCUCUAAAACUUUAUAGAGGAAUCCAACUUAUGCAUAAGCAGGACAAAAAAUCAGAAAAUAUUUAUUGGAUUCAGAAUAUAUGGAAUUGUUUGGAAUUGACUAUGUAAAUGGUCAUUUUGGCAUGGAAUAUUUGGAAAGGAGCAUCAUCUAGAUAAAAUUCAUAAUUCAGAAAUUGCCCAAUACAUGUCAAGUACAGAUAUCCUAGAUCCCCAUUAAUCUAGGAUAUGCUAGAACCAUACAUUGUUCAUAAGGUUCAACCUUUGAAAAUGUGAUAAUGGAUUUGGAUAUGCCAGAGAGAUAAUAGUCAGGAUUACUUUACACAGCAUUGAGUAGAGUCAGGAGAAUGGAUAACCUUUAUCUUAGCGGUAAGUUAAAUUAGAGCAUGUUUAAAGUCAGAGUUUCAAAUCAAAUUAAGAAGUUUUAUGAAGAAAAUAUUGUUGAAGUUUCAAAAUACUUGGAAAAUGAUUCAUUAAAAGAAUUAUUGGAAAAGGAUUUUAAAGAUUUAUUGGAAUAAAUAAAUGAAAUGUCGUCUGACUUAAGAUAAGCUUUGAUUUAACUGAAACUAGAAAAGGUGAAGAUUCAAAAUCAUUGA